UCAGUCUUAAACCAAAAAGAUGGACCCAUGUCUAAGAAAAGUAGCUGGGUGCAGGGAGCAACCGGGACUAAACGAUAUGGAUGGACUACAAAAUGGCAUGUGAACUUGGGGGUCCACCAGGUAACCCAUUCUUUUCUGGUGAUACCUGAGUGUCCAGUGCCCUUGUUGGGAAGGGAUUUACUGUCUAAAGUGAAUGCCCAAAUUCAUUUUGACCACAGACAAGUGUCGGUUUUAGAUGGGACCGGGCAUCCUCUUCAGGUCCUGUCUCUGGCAUUAAAAGAUGAAUACAGACUCUGCUUGCCAGAGGCCCCAGUGACAAUAAGCCCCAAAGUACAACCAUGGGUUCAAAGAUACCCUCAGGCCUGGGCUGAAACAGCAGGAAUGGAACUGGCCAAACAGAGGCCCCCUAUCAUUGUGGAACUGAAAGCCAGUGCUUCCCUGGUGAGGGUACGACAGUAUCCCAUGAGCCAAGAGGCUCAACAAGGAAUUACUCCUCAUAUACAAUGCCUCAUAGACGCUGGGGUCCUGAAAAGGUGCCGGUCCCCAUGGAACACUCCCCUGUUGCCUGUGAAAAAGCCUGGGGGAACUGAUUUUAGACCGGUUCAAGAUCUACAAGAAGUCAACAAACGGGUGAGUGAUAUUCAUCCUACAGUUCCUAACCCUUAUACAUUGCUAAGCAACUUGCCUCCAAACUACAUUUGGUAUACUGUUUUAGAUUUAAAAGAUGCCUUUUUCAGUUUGCCUCUUGCCCCCGCAAGCCAAGAGAUCUUUGCCUUCGAAUGGCAGGAAGACAGUGAUCAGACCCCUGUGCAGCUGACAUGGAUUCGCUUACCACAGGGUUUCAAAAACUCGCCCACAUUAUUUAAUGAGGCCCUGGACAAAGACCUCCAUGAGUAUCGGGUUGAACACCCUACCAUUGUUUUA